GAGGUCAUGCAGGUGAUGACUGAACCCCCUUCAGUCUUUCUGGAGAGGCUCAUGGAGGCUUACAGAAGGUGCACCCCUUUUGACUCUACGUCUGAAGGGCAGCGAGCCUCCGUGAUUAUGCCUUUUAUUGAGCAGUCAGCCCCUGACAUCAGAAGGAAAUUGCAGCGGAUUGAGGGAUUACAGGAUUAUACUAUAAGAGAUGUGGUUAGGGAGGCUGAGAAAGUGUUGAUAAAAGGGAGACAGAGGAGGAGAAACAAGAAAGAGAAAAGAGAGAAAGGAGAGAAGAUGAGGAUAGGAGAGACAAGAAACAGGAAGACUCUGAUUAGAAUACUGGCCGCAGUAGUAGACAGAGAUAAAAGAGAUAGGACUAGGCAGUUAGUGGACCUGGGAGAUGGAAAAUGUCAGGGGCCAAGGAGACCCAGAAGAGAUAGACCUCACUUGGAAAAAGAUCAAUGCGCAUGCUGUAAAGACAAAGGGCACUGGGCCCACGAGUGCCCCAAGAAGAAGCAAGGGACAAAGGUGCUGUCCCUCAAAGAUGAUAAAGACUAGGGGAGACGGGGCUCGGCUCCCCUCCCCGAGCCUAGGGUAACCUUACAAGUGGAGGGGACCCCCAUAAGUUUCUUGGUUGAUAUGGGUGCAGAAUACUCGGUGCUUAAAACCCCUUUGGGUAAGAUAAAAAAUGAAAAGACGCUAGUGAUUGGGGCCACGGGGAAGAAAUCCUACCCAUGGACCACUUCUCUGAUGGUGGACCUAGGGAAGAACCUAGUAACUCACUCAUUCAUGGUCAUCCCAGAGUGCCCUACACCUCUACUAGGAAGAGACUUAUUAACCAAGUUAAAGGCACAAAUAACUUUCGCCCCCUCUGGACCGGAACUGUCCUGGGGGACUGUGCCACCUCAGACCUUAGGGUUGUCUUUACAAUUAGGAGAAGAAUAUUGGAUUUACCAAAAGGAAAUAACACCCCCUGAGGGGCUACAGGACUGGCUUACUCGAUUUCCUCAGGCAUGGGCUGAGACCAGGGGAAUGGGAAUGUCCCCCGGUGGUGACUGAGCUUAAGUCUGGGGCCACUCCCAUUAGGGUCUGAUGGGCAAAGAAGCACAGGAAGGCAUAUGCCCUCACAUCACCAGACUACUCCAGGAAGGGAUCCUAGUCUCCUGUAAGUCUUCUUGGAAUACCCCCCUCCUCCCGGUAAAGAAACCGGGAAUGAAUGACUAUCGCCCUGUACAAGACCUUAGAGAAGUCAACAAAAGAGUACAAGACAUACACCCCACUGUACCAAAUCCUUAUAAUCUGCUUAGCAUGCUGCCACCUGAACGAGCCUGGUAUACUGUGUUAGAUCUUAAAGACGCUUUCUUUUGCCUGAGGAUACACCCCAACAGCCAGCCCUUGUUCGCCUUCGAAUGGUGGGACCCUGAGUACGGAAGAAACGGACAGCUUACAUGGACUAGGUUGCCUCAGGGAUUCAAAAAUUCACCCACUGUUUGAUGAAGCCCUACAUCGAGAUCUAGCCCCCUUCGAGCUGAUAAUCCACAGGUGAUCCUCCUGCAAUAUGUGGAUGAUCUUCUUUUGGCCACAGAAACACAUGAGGAGUGUGAACGUGGGACUCAAAAUCUCCUGGCCUAGUUAGGUGAGUUGGGGUACCGGGUUUCGGCUAAAAAGGCACAGCUGUGCCGGACUGAGGUAACCUAUCUGGUGGGAUAUACCCUGAAAAAUGGGCAGCGAUGACUCACAGAAGCUAGGAACCGGACAGUGACACAGAUCCCGACCCCAACCACCCCUCGCCAGGUAAGAGAAUUCCUGGGGACUGCGGGAUUCUGCAGACUCUGGAUUCCAGGGUUCACUACCUUGGCAGCCCCCUUAUACCCCUUAACAAAGGAAAAGGGGGAAUUCAUUUGGACUAAGAAACAUCAAUUGGCUUUUGAGACUCCCAAAAAGGUGCUGCUAUAGGCCCCUGCCCUAGCACUGCCUGAUUUAAAAAAACCUUUCACCCUAUACAUUGAUGAGAGAAAUGGAGUGGCCAGGGGGGUCCUCACUCAGACUUUAGGACCCUGAAAGCGCCCUGUAGUCUACCUGUCAAAGAAACUGGAUCCUGUGGCCAGCAGAUGGCCCUCCUGUCUACGGGCAAUAGCAGCUACUGCCGUAUUGGUGAAAGAUGCUGAUAAACUGACUAUGGGCCAGAAUGUGACAGUAGUGGCCCCGCACACCCUCGUGAGUGUCAUUCGACAGCCCCCAGACAGCUGGAUGACUAACGCUCGGAUGGCCCACUUACAGAGUUUGUUGUUGACUGAGCGGGUGACCUUCGCUCCACCCGCCAUUCUUAAUCCUGCCUGCCACCUUACUGCCUGAAGCUGACGAAACCCCCGUACAUCACUGUGAGGAUAUACUGGCAGAAGAAACUGGGACUCAGCCAGACUUAACUGACCAACCUUGGCCCAGGGUGAUGACCUGGUUCACUGAUGGAAGCAGCUUCAUGGUAGAAGGUAAGCGCAGAGCCGGUGCAGCGGUAGUGAAUGGGAAGUCUGUCAUAUGGACCAGUAGCCUACCUGAAGGGACAUCAGCCCAGAAAGCAGAACUUAUUGCCCUAACUCAGGCUUUGAGACUAGCAGAAGGGAAGGCUGUCAAUAUUUAUACUGACAGCUGGUAUGCCUUUGCAACAGCUCAUGUUCAUGGGGCGAUUUACCUACAACGUGGACUACUGACUUCCGCUGGGAAGGACAUCAAAAAUAAAGAAGAAAUUCUUAGCCAGCUAGAAGAUGUUCAUUUGCCCCACACAGUGGCGAUCAUCCGUUGUCCAGGACAUCAAAAGGGAACUGAACCAAUAGUGGAAAUCAGAUGGCAGAUCAGGUAGCUAAAGAGGCAGCACAAGGACCACUGACUUUGGUAAUUAAAACCACACCCCAGCCAGUCGAAGAGAUCCCCAAAAAAUGGAUCCUCACAAAAGAAGAGGGGCUGGAGUACUUGACUAAUAUACACCACCUCACUCACCUGGGAACCAAAAAGAUGAAGAAACUAGUCAAUAGAUCCCCUCACCAUAUCCCUCAACUACAGAAGUCAGUAGAGGACCUGGUAAAGAACUGUCAAGCAUGCACGCUCACCAAUGGCGGGUCCAACAAGACUCAUGGCGGAAGACGCUUGCGAGGAGACAGGCCAGGGACUUAUUGGGAAAUUCACUUUACCGAGGUCAAACCAGCCAGAUAUGGAAAUAAAUACCUUCUAGUUUUUGUAGAUACCUUCUCAGGGUGGACUGAAGCAUUCAUUCCCCACCAAAAGAGAGAUGGCUAACGUGGUGGCCAAAAAGAUACUUGAAGAAAAUUUUCCCCAUUUUGGGAUACCUAAGGUAACUGGGUCAGACAACGGACCUGCUUUCGUCGCCCAGCUCCGCUGAAGGUGCUCAAGAUUGUGAGGAAAGAAAUCUGGGAGCAGUUGAAAGAAACCUACAUCGCUGGCAACUUGCUUGUGCUGUAUCAGUUUGAAGUGGGAGAUACGGUCCUGGUGAGAAGGCACUGAGCAGGGGACCUCAAUCACGGUGGAAAGGACCCUACCUGGUGCUGUUGACUACACCUACCGCUGUGAAGGUAGAGGGAAUUCCUACCUGGGUUCAUGCCUCACACCCCCAGGACUGAUCGAGAUGAGUGGAUUUUGGAAAAGACUGAUAAUCCUUCUAAACUGCACCUGCAUCGCUUGCAUACGUCCGAAGAUCGACAAUCCACACGCCCCUCGGACACUGACUUGGCAAGUACUGGAUACCAACACGGAAAAAUUAUAAGUAGCACCCAAACCAUUGCGCCUGCGGGCACCUGGUGGCCGGAUCUUGGGUUCUGUUUUCGAACCACAAACCCCACUGCUAAGAGUAGUCCUCCUAACAUUGUUCGAAGAAAGGGGUUUUAUGCCUGCCCUGGAGCCACUGACCCUAGAGAUUGUGGAAGGCCAGAUGAGUUCUUUUGUAGGAGUUGGAGCUGUGUAACCUCCAAUGAUGGGGUUUGGAAAUGGUCAGUUGAUUCAACCGAUCGAAUAACCCUUUCUUUUGCAAAUCUAGGACUGGGGCGGCAUGUCACCAUUCCUCUAUAUGUAGGCAAGCCCUGCUCUCCUAGGGACCUAGACUACGUAAGAGUUCGGUUCACUGACACAGGAAAACGAACCCCCUUGACUACCUGGCUCCAAGGGUUGUCCUGGGGACUGGUUUACUAUAACCAUCGGAAUAAACCUGGGUCCCUGAUAUCAAUCCGACUCAAAAUAGAAAGUCUGCCCCCAGUUCCAAUAGGACCUAACAAGAUCCUCCUAGAACAAGGCCCUCCUGCCAGGCCCAAGCCUCUGACUCCUGUAACUGUCCCAUCUGUCCCGAGAACUGUGAGACCCUUUAACACCAUCAUUCCUCACGAACCCUCGACCGUUAUCCCUACAUAUCCCUCGACGGGACAGAAACUGUUCAACCUGGUCAGAGGAGCUUUUUAUGCCCUAAACAGCACUGACCCAGAUGCUACUAUUGACUGUUAGUUAUGCUUAUCUUCAGGCCCCCCCUACUAUGAAGGAAUCGCCUAUAAUGGAGAUUUCAAUAAAACCAGUAAUCAUGCUUCCUGCUCGUGGGGGACGGGAAAGAAAUUAACCCUGACUGAGGUAACAGUGUCAGGGGAGAGUCCCGGUCUUUGCAUAGGGACCCCUCCCCCUUCCCACCGUCAUCUAUGUGGCCGGACUCACUCUGUGAGCAGGACAGAAACCAGCUAUUACUUGGUACCCUCUCCAGCUAGCUGGCUGGUGGGCCUGCAACACAGGGUUUACCCCCUGCGUAUCAACUAGUGUUUUUGACCCCUCUCAUGAUUUCUGUGUCAUGGUUCAGCUUCUACCCCAAAUGUAUUAUCACCCUGCUUCCUACCUAGAAGAUGAGUAUACCAGCAAGAGAAUAAAAAGGGAACCAGUUUCCCUAACCCUAGCUAUGAUGCUGGGAGCCGGUCUUGAGGUGGGAGUAGGGACGGGCAUAACAUCCCUAAUUGAAGGUAGACAAGGAGCUCAGUCUUUCCAGUCUCUAAAGGAAGCUAUAAAUGAAGACUUAGAGAUGCUGCAAAAAUCCAUGGAUGCCUUAGAGAAAUCUUUGACCUCCUUAUCUGAAGCAGUGUUACAGAAUAGAAGAGGUUUAGAUUUAUUAGUUUUAAAAGAGGGAGGACUGUGUGCAGCCUUAGAAGAAGAAUGCUGUUUUUAUGCAGACCACACAGGAGUAGUCAGGGAUUCUAUGCAGAAAUUAAGGGAGAGACUUGAAAAGAGAAAGCGAGAUGGAGAAGCACAACAGGGAUGGCUCGAAUCAUGGGACUCUAAGUCUCCAUGGGUGACCACUUUAGUCUCUGCCCUCACCGGGCCAAUUCUUGUUAUAUGUUUGGUUCUAAUCUUUGGUCUUUGUUUAAUAAAUAAAGGACUUGCUUUCGUUAGGGAUAGGGUAAAUGCAGUGCAUCUUAUGGCUCUCCAAUGCCAGUGUCAAUUUAUAGUUAAAAUAGAAGGAGAAUGUGAUUGCCAUUCCCCAUAUGAAGAUACCAAUUUUUAAAAUUCUAAGAUUAGAAUUAUUUAGUAGAAGAGGGGAAUAAAAGGAGUUCGAACUCCUCAGAGUCCAUAAUUAAGGCGGCAAACAGACCUAGAGAAGGGAACAGAACAGUACAAGCCCGAGCAUGCCCAGACAGGCCUGAAACAAGGCUGUUAAGUCAUUCCAGGAACUGACCAGCCAUAAAGAUAAGGGACAUGCCUGGACAAUCUCCACUGAGUCAUGAGCCAUCUGGACUGGCGGCACCUGUCUCCCGCCUCUGAUGUAGUUUAAUGUUGACCAGACUUCCUGCUAACAACGAUAAGCCGCCCUCCUACAUUGCUGAUGCCCCGAUCUGCAGGUACUGUUUACUGAUGUAACCGCGCCAAUUCCUCCCGCCAGUGUUUGAAUCAACCAAUCAUGUGUAACCGCGCCAAAACCCUCUGACUUUUACUAUAUAAACCCCUGGUUUCUGAGUCUUGGGGUCGAUUCCUCUGUCUCCUGUGUGAGAUAUGUGUCGUCCCGGAGCUCCCAUAUUAAACUGCCUCGUGUGUUUGCAUCAGGUCGGUCUCUCGCGCUUCCUUGGGUGUGCACCAUCCCGAGACUCAAGUGGGGGUCUCCCCAAAAGGGGUUCCUAUAACACAUGUAGGCAAAUACUCAUGAAAUAAAAAUAAAUCUUAACAAAUACAGCGUGAGGGAGAAAGGAACUUUAUUCCCAGCUGGUUCCGAGUGGAGCCUGGUGCGCCACUGUGAAAUCAGCAUGGACCUUUGAGCACACGGCCUGGGCCUUCUGCUCCUGGACAUAUACCCGAAGGACUUAACCUACUGCAGAGAUACGUGCUCAUCCGCGUUUAUUGCCACUCUAUCCCAACAUCAAGGAGAUGGAAUCAACCUAGAUACGCAUCCACAGAUGUACUGAAUGGAUGAUGAAAACGUGACACAUUUAAUCAAACUAGGCACCAAAAUGCUGACAUUGCUUCCUGGAGAGAGGACACCUAAUACUCCUUUUACCCAAAGAGGAGGCACUCGGCAGACCAGCAUCACAUCCUUUGUCACCUCACAGCCAGGAAUGGCAAAUGGUGGUAACCAGAAGGACAUUUUCUCCCUUAAAGAAAAUCAGAUCAACAAAGAAUGCAAGAGAACCCAGCUCGACUGUUUGGUCCGGGGAUUGGAGGAUGAUUUCUUGGUAUCACCUUUGGUCAUUUCAACUCCUGCAGACAUCCAGGAAGCUGAACAUUCCCCUCAGUCUCCCCAGAUUUCAGGCUGCCGGAGUUUGGAAACAUCAUCUUUGACUAUAAUGCCCCAGCCUGGUGUCAUGAUGGGCACUGGAGAGAGUAAAGGCCCUCUGGAUUCUUCCUUUACCCAGUUCUUGGAACGCUCUUGUUUGGUGGACCAAAGAGAGGCCAAGAGGAAAAGGGAAGGGCUUCUUGGGUCUAAGACAGACUGUGCAGAGAUGGGAAGCCAUAUCAGACCACCCGGGGGUAAAUGCCAUCGGCCCUUGGUCAAAGCUGAAGUGGGGAAGAAGGGUCCUGCCAAGGGAACCAGGCAGGCCCCUGUGCAUCUUCAAACCUAUAGGUCUGGAUCCUGUGGUAGGAAACAAACACUAUUGGCGACAAAAAGCCCUUGUCCUCUUUCUGUAUUUUCCUGGGACAGUGAAAAAAAUGACAGGGACUCCUGGAGUCAGCUUUUCACUGAGGAUUCCCAAGGCCAGCAAGUCAUUGCCCACAACACUAAAAUGCCUUUCCGAGAUGUAACCAAUUCUAGGAAUCAAGGCUCAGGGCAGUUUCCUGACAGCCCUCAGGCUCAGGGUCAAGAUGGGCCUACUCAGUGCCAUCUGCAGUCACACCUGCUCUUUACCCAAGACUCUGAAGGUAAUCGGGUUAUCAGGCACUAGUUCUAGAUGUUGAUAUGAAUGUAUCUUAAAGUGGUAGAGAUGGAGGGAAGUAGGGUAGGGCUGGGUAGAGAGGAGGGUUUGGGGAAAGGCCAGGUGGGAUGAAGCCGCUGUGCUGUGGACUAUUUUCCGUAUGUAAAUAAAGCAGGCAGUGUGUGGUAGG